AUGAGUCUUGGUGGAAAGUCACCUACUCAGUCUGUGGACAAUAGAUUAGCUCGACCAGUCGUAUACACUAUCCUACUUAUACUUUCGGUGAUUGUACUCCAACGGUUCACUACAAUUGAUAUCAGACGGUUAUUUAGAGGUACAAGAUACUCAACUGAACCUAGAGUACCGUCUUCGGAUGCAUAUGAAUUUGAACCCGCUGAUAGAUUCAACUACGAUGAAAAUAGACCAUAUGCAUUUGUGUUGGCCGCUAUAGUGAUGGUCUUGAUGGCUGGAUGUUUAAGCUAA